AUGGUAAUUAUGCUAGACGAGUUGCACGAAGAAGUUCCAGCCAGGCCUGGUGAGAUAUGUUCCGACAGCGAAUCCAAACUGGAUUCCGGCCAGGAUGAUCGCCAUACCGAAAGUGUCGUUUCCACCGGAUCUGAAUGCAAGACCGCGGGGAUGAAGAGAGAACUCACGCCAGAGGUUCAGGCAAUAUCGUUGGCUUUCAGCAGCUCGGAUACGGCCAUACAAGCCACAUCAGAAGCAGCAGGGCGUGAAAAGGAAAUGGUAGAUCCAAAUUUGGUUGGAUGGGAUGGUCAAGAUGAUCCUCUGAAUCCCAAAAACUGGAAAUCUGGCAAGAGAUGGGCGGCUACUCUGGUCAUGUCCUCGUUCACUUUCAUUACACCGGUUGCCUCGUCCAUGGUCGCCCCAGCAUUUGACGCCAUAGGAGCCGAAUUCCAUAUUGUAUCCGAGAUUGAGCUUAGCUUGAUGCUAUCGAUUUUCAUUCUUGCAUAUGCAGUAGGACCAUUGUUCCUAGGACCGCUAAGCGAGAUAUACGGGAGAGUCAUUGUUCUACAGCUGAGCAACUUUGUGUUUCUCGUCUUCAAUCUGGGCUGCGGCCUGGCAACGUCGAGGAAUCAAAUGCUGGCUUUUCGAUUCCUGUCAGGCCUUGGAGGAUCAGCGCCACUCGCACUAGGAGCUGGCGUUCUGAGCGACCUCUUCGACUCACAUGAACGAGGCAAAGCCGUCAGUAUCUACAGUCUCGCCCCGCUACUUGGUCCUGCUAUCGGUCCUAUCGCUGGAGGAUUCAUCGUUGCCAAAGUCUCGUGGCGGUGGAUUUUCCAUGCAACGACCAUUGUGGAUGCCGUUGUCCAGAUUGCCGGUUUCUUUCUCUUGCAGGAGACCUAUCCCCCAGUCCUCCUCAACCGGAAGAGGAUGUUGCUUGUCAAAGAGACGGGGAAUCUUGAUUUAUACACUGCACUUGACUAUGCAAACCGCAGUGUUUGGGAAACACUUCAAAUCUCGCUUACUCGGCCAUUUAUCCUCCUUUUCACGCAACCCAUUGUACAAGUUUUGGCAGUCUACGUCGCGUACCUUUUUGGCCUCAUGUAUCUUCUCCUUUCUACCUUUCCCAAACUAUGGCAGGACCGAUACGACGAAACCGUAAGCAUAGCCGGCUUGAACUACAUCUCUCUUGGCUUGGGGUUCUUUCUUGGCACCCAAAUAUGUGCACCACUUCAAGACCGCAUCUUUCGCAAGCUAAAAUGUCGCAACGGUGGCGUGGGCCAGCCCGAGUUUCGCGUGCCACUGAUGGUACCCGCCGCCCUGAUGGUUCCUAUCGGACUCUUUUGGUACGGCUGGGCGGCGCAAGCACAUACGCACUGGAUCGUCCCAAAUAUUGGUACCACUGUUGCGGCGGCAGGAAUUUACCUUGGCUUCCUAUGCAUCCAAACGUACAUUGUCGAUACCUACUCCACAUAUGCGGCUUCAGCUAUUGCUGCCACGAUAGUUCUUAGGAGCCUUGCUGGCUUUGGAUUGCCGCUGUUUGCGCCAUACAUGUAUAAAGCUUUGGACUAUGGCUGGGGAAAUACCGUGCUGGGGUUGCUAGCUAUCGUGUUGGGUUGGCCGGCCCCGAUUCUAUUGUGGAAGUAUGGUCGGAUGCUUCGGGAAAGAAGUACAUUUGCCACUGGGUGA